GAAAAUAACAAAUAUAUAAUUUUGCAAGUAAAAUACUAAAUUUUAUUUUACUUUCAUCAAUUAUAUUAUAUUGAAUAAGUAUUUAUAAAAAUGAUUUAUGUUGCCCCACAGAUGAUAUUGCUUGAGUUGGCUCAUUCCUGAUUUGUAGGGAAACUCUUGGUAAUCAGUUUCCAGUUCCGCCUAGAUUUGACAGUUCUGGAUUCUGAAUUUCAUGCAGAAGCUCAAGCACUGCUGGUUCCCUGGACGACCUCGCUACUCAUGUCGUUUCUUCUGGGCUGAAGCUGAAACACUGACACAAGCUCAAGAGCUCUUCUCACCACCACCGGUGAGAGCAGACACAUGUGUUUCACUCAUCAAGCAAUGCAGCUCUCUCCAUUCCCUGAAAACCGUCUACGCCUCCAUGCUUCGAUCCCACUUUCACCUCAAUCUCUACUUCUUAACCAAUCUUAUAGCUCAAUACGUUUCCCUUGGCUCCAUCUCUCACGCCUACUCCCUGUUCUCUUCCUCCCACUCCUCUGAUCCUUUCCUCUGGAAUGUCAUGAUCCGUGGCUUCGUCGACCAUGCCCAAUACCAUCGUUCCGUUCUUCUUUACAUUCAAAUGCUAGAACUGGGUAUUCGACCCAACAAUUAUACCUUCCCAUUCGUUAUCAAGGCGUGUGGGUGUCUUCGCAAUGUUGAAUUUGGUAUUCAGGUUCAUGAUGACGUUGUAGAAUUUGGGUACGAGUCAGAUGUUUUUGUUUGCAAUUCCCUCAUUGUCAUGUAUGGUAAAUGUGAACGUUAUGAACUUUCUCGACAAGUGUUUGAUAGAAUGCCUGAUAGAAAUGAAACUAGCUGGAGUACGAUUAUAAGGGCUUGCUCGCUCAAUGACCAUUAUGAAGAAGGGCUGUCAUUGUUUUGGCGGAUGUUGCGUGAGGACAUUAGACCCGAUAGGGCUACAGUUUUGAACGUGAUGGCUUGUGCUUAUAGAGUGAAUGAUGCUGAUGAGAUUUGCAGAGUUGCUGUAUUUAAUGGAUUUGAUUUCGAUCAGUAUGUCCACAAUGCAGCUUUGGGCAUGUAUGCACGAUGUGGAAGGAUAGAUUUGGCUCGAAGUAUAUUUGAUGGGAUUUUGAAUAAGGAUAUAGUGACAUGGGCAUCCAUGAUCGAAGCUUAUGCGCAAGCUGAUUUGCCUCUUGAAGCUCUAGGUCUCUUUAAACAGAUGAACUCACAAAGGAUAUUCCCUGAUUCUGUUACCCUUCUUAGCGUGGUUCGAGCUUGUUCUGUUCUAGCAUCCUUUCGGCAUGCACAUGCAGUUCAUGGAAUCAUUAUUCUAACUGGGGGAUUCUUCAACAAUCCACUAGCAGUGGAAACUGCUGUGAUCGAUCUAUACACGAAAUGUGGAAGCUUAACUUAUGCUAGAAAAGUUUUUGAUAGGAUGCAAAGCAGAAAUAUAAUCACAUGGAGCGCCAUGAUUUCAGGAUAUGGGAUGCAUGGCCUUGGAGGAGAAGCAUACAACCUCUUCAAUCAAAUGAAAUCUUCAGUAAAGCCAGAUCAUAUAGCAUUUGUAUCAAUAUUGUCCGCUUGCAGCCACUCAGGUUUAGUUGCUGAAGGAUGGGAGUGCUUCAAUUCCAUGGCCAGAGAUUUCAGGGUCACACCAAGAACUGAACACUAUGCAUGUAUGGUUGAUCUUUUAGGCAGAGCUGGCAAGUUGGACGAAGCUCAGGUUUUUAUUGAGAGAAUGCCGAUAGGGCCAGAUGCAGGUGUGUGGGGCGCACUGCUUGGGGCUUGUAGAGUACAUUCAAAUAUUGACCUGGCUGAGAUGGCAGCAAAAGCAUUACUUGAUUUGGAUUCAAAGAACCCUGGGAGAUAUGUUCUUUUGUCCAACAUUUAUGCAUCAUCUGGUAAAACAAAAGAUGCUCAUAAGAUCAGAACUCUAAUGAUGAAUAGAGGGGUGCGAAAAGUUUCUGGCCACACAAUUAUAGAGAUUAAAAACAAGGUCUAUACUUUUGUGGCUGGGGAUAGGUCACACCCACAGACGGAUCUGAUUUAUUCAGAAUUGGAGAGAGUAAUGGAUAGGAUUCGCCAAGAAGGGUACACUCCAGAUAUGAACUUUGUAUUGCAUGAUGUUGAGGAAGAGACAAAGGAAAAAAUGUUGUAUGUGCACAGUGAGAAGUUGGCCAUUGUUUUUGGGCUCUUGAAUUCAAGGUCAGAGAGCGUGAUUAGAAUUAGGAAAAAUCUCAGAAUUUGUGGGGAUUGUCAUACUGCUACUAAGUUUAUCUCCAAAGUUACAAGAAGGGAAAUUGUAGUGAGAGAUGCACGUAGAUUCCACCACUUCAAGGAUGGAACCUGCUCUUGUGGAGAUUAUUGGUGAAAGAUGUCCUUAGUCCAGUGGAUCGUCAAAUAUGGACAAAUUGAGAACCCAAGAAUGGAUGGUCUUUGAGAUGAGGCAAGAGUCAAGACUGCAAGUUAUACUGGCUUUUUGAACGUUAGCUGGUUGGUAAUUGACCAUGACUCCAUGGUGAAGAUGCAAUGCACAGGAUGUUAACUACAUAUUAUCUUAUCAAGAUCUGGUCUGUGGGGGGCCAGUUCAAAGAAAUUUGUUUUUUAUUCUGCCAUGGCAUCCAAACUCUAAAGAUGCAAACUUGGGAUCUGCAGGGAUUUCAUUAAAAAUAAAUUGCGUACUGUGCCCAAAGUGUAUGCCACUGGAUACUAUCACAAUUUGAAAGCUUUCACCGAUAUAUCUGUUUGCUGCAUAUGGUAUAUUAUGCUUGAGAAUUCACAGUUGGGCUGAUCGGUUUCUUAGCUGCUUCAAUUUUUAUAUAUAGGCCGAAAGAAUUUGAGGGCUGAUAGGUUUGAAGGCUAAUUGGUUUCUCUCUCAAAAACACAAUUUUCUUGAGGUGUUGUAGUAUUAAUUGAUUGCAGGAUGCAAUGGACUUGAUCAAUCUUGGAGAGGAACAAGUUUUUGAAUUGGGAGAAGGGUAUUAUUGGCUUAUAUUUACCAGUUAUGAUUUCUUGCUCCCCUUUUCAAUGUGUUUAUUGCCUUUCAGCUUCUAGCUUCACAUAAUCUGGUACACUUGUCUGCUUUCUUUAUAAAUUUCUCUGAUAUUAUUGAAAGAAAAUAACCGUCAAGGAAAAGUAAACUUGGAUGUAAUCAAUAAGACUGCAAUAUAAGAGUCUUUAUAGGACUGCACUUUUAAAUUUUAAUGGAAGCUAAUGAUUCGGGUGCUUGGAGAUGUAGAUACUAACUUCUUUCAAUUGGAGAAGGUCACAGUGGAAAUAAUGUGUGUUUUGGUGUUAAUCAAUUUUGAACUAGUGUAUCUGGUGUAUGAUGUAACCCAUUUUCUGGUGGAACACACUGGAGGAGAAGACUGCGAAGGAUAUUUCGAACAUUGCAUAUGGACAUCGCACACCAUUAUCAUCUUCUGCCAGUAAUUUCAUUUUUCAAUCUCUUUUUUCUUUAUCAUAAUCGAAUUUAGAUCAGUUUUCAUUUUCAUUUUCUUUAGUGAUUUGUCACUGGAAACUGGGCAGAGCAUCUGUGCUGAUUUGAAAUUUCCAGGGCUAAUGAUAUAAAGUUUGAGGAGGUGGCGAUUGGCAUAUCCAAGGGACAACACAAGUCUCCUGAAUUCAAAGAUUUUGAACGAAACCGAUUUCUUCAAAUGGAUUCAGUGGCCUAAUCCAGAUUAUGAUGACAUUUGCUUUUCUGGUGCUGAAAUUGCUUAACAAUAGAGAGCUUGGAUAACUCCAACAGAAAGAUCAGAUAAGAAUAACUUCAAGGGAGGUGUAAUCUGCUGAUUAAAGAGGAUUAACUUCAGUUUGUAAGGGAUAAUGUUAGUUGGGUUAUAAAUGUAAUAGGGAAUAAGGGAAAGGGGUAUGUUUCGUAUUCUGAAAUUCUGGCAUGUUGCCUGGGAAAGCAGAAACAUUAGUCUGCUGCAUUGGGAUAUUUCUUAUUCCAUUGCUGAUUGCUUCAUUCAUUAUUUCCUUUAUUGUUCUUGAGUGAAUUUGAUUGUCAUUUGUUCUCAUUCAAGAAGUGAAUAAAAGUUCAUAUUUCCAUUCUU